AGCAAGAGGUGGGCGUGGACAAAGGGAGGCGGGGCUUCCUGUCGAAAUGAGUGACACGUGGUCCCCCUCUGUUGGUGUGUGUGUGUGUGUGUGUAGGGAAAAGGUUGUGAGCGAGAGAACACACUCAACCCCGUUUUCUGUCGCGCAUUUUUACCCACCCACUCAAACACCGACCGUCCCGCAUAUCCUCGCGCUGGAGGUACGGCUGGCCCCCUUUUCUUUCUUUGAAGGACCAGCUCGCUUCGGCAAGGAACGUUAAGCCAGCGACGCAAGCACGGACCAACAGUGAACAAGCCCCGUUGUCACGCGGACCCCCGCCGUGCCGCAGACUCAUCCCACGCCGACCGCGGCCAUGACGCUGGAAGCGAUCCGGUACCGCUCCGGGUCCCUGCAGAUCCUCAACCAGCUGCUCUUGCCACAUGAGACGGUGUUCGAGGAGAUCCGCUCCGUCCAGGAUGGCUACGAGGCCAUCAAGAGUAUGAAGGUGCGGGGUGCUCCGGCCAUCGCCAUCGUGGGCUGCCUGAGCCUGGCGGUGGAGCUGCGGGCGGGUGCCGGGGGCGACGACCCCGUGACCUUCAUCAGGGAGUCGCUGUGCCACCUGACCUCGGCGCGGCCGACCGCCGUCAAUAUGGGGCGCGCCGCCCGCGAGCUGAUGGAGUUCAGCGAGAACGAGAGCAUGGAGAAGAGCGGAGAACCGCUCCGAGAGAGUGUGAUUGGCUGGAUCGAGGAGAUGCUGGAGCGGGACGUGAGUGACAACCGGAAGAUUGGGAAUUUCGGCGCCCAGCACAUUCUGUCCGGCGUUCCCAGGGAUUCCGUCACCAUCCUCACACACUGCAACACCGGAUCACUCGCCACCGCCGGAUACGGCACUGCCCUGGGCGUGGUGCGCUCCCUGCAUGCACUGGGGCGUCUGAAGCGCGUCUACUGCACAGAGACUCGGCCGUACAACCAGGGCGCCCGCCUGACCGCGUACGAGGCGGUGGCAGAGGGCUUCCCUGCUACGCUCAUUACAGACAGCACGUCCGCCCUCACCAUGAGGGAGAAGAGCAUCACCGCGGUGGUUGUCGGGGCCGACCGGGUGGUUGCCAACGGCGACACAGCCAACAAGAUCGGCACGUACAUGUUGGCCAUCGCCGCUAAGCACCAUGGGAUCCCGUUCUACGUGGCGGCGCCCAGCACGUCAUGUGACCUGAGCCUGGAGAGUGGGCGGGACAUCGUGAUCGAGCAGCGCCCGGCCGAGGAGCUCACCAGCAUCAAUGGCGUUCCAGUCGCAGCGCCCGGUAUAGAGGUGUGGAACCCGGCGUUUGACGUCACCCCUCACCAGCUCAUCACGGGGGGCAUCAUCACAGAGUUGGGCGUCUUCCUUCCCUCUGAGCUGCAGGCUGCUCUGACCGGCCGCCUCACCGCCCUCUAGGCCACACAGCGCCCCCCUGUGGUUCGGUUGAGCAGAGAAGCUGCACCUCAACCACAACUACAACCUGCUUCUAUUGUCUUUAUUACUCUUUCUACUAGUGGUACUACACCAUCACACACACACACACUCACAGCUGGUCACAUGAUGUGGUGGAAAACACACACACACACACACAUGCAUCGGCAUACUGCAAUCAUAUGAAUGAAGGACUACAGACAUGCCACACACACACACACACACACAUGCACACAAGAUAU